AUGAUAGAAGCGACAGAUGUAGAUGAUUCAGCCAUCUCGCUGUUUGAGAUUGAAGAAAAGUUAAAGGGAAUAUAUAAGGAAUAUGUGGUUUCAAGUUUUCCCCAAGAACCGAAUGUGAUUCAGCCAAAUUGCGAUUUUGCAAUUUUAUCUACAAUUCGAUACGAUCCAGAUAUAUCUGAUGUUCCACCAGUUAAAUAUGAAGAAAUAACUAGACAAAAUUUUUUUUUACUACCAGAACAUGUAAAGAGAUUGAGGUUUACGUUUGAGUUUUUCCAUUAUUUGUGUGAAACUGUUUUGGACUUUGAAAUUACAGAGGAGGACUUGUUAAAACAGUUAAUUGCGUGUUUGAAGAGCCUGGAUGCGUUAAUAUUGGCACCUCACAAGAUUAGAGGUUUAUUCCAACUCGACGGAUCAGUAAAGCUAGAGAUUCACAAUACGCCUAUCAGAAAAAAUUUGCUUGGUGUUUUAUGCCCGAAAGUGGAAGACAUGGAAAAAUUCCAUUUCCUACAUAAUUUUGGAAGAAGAAAUGAUAAUGAAAAUGAAGAAGAAGAAGGGAAAAGUGAUAAUAUAUGGGAUGUAUACACUAAUAACGAAUCUUGCUUGAUUUCUCCAUUUACUUCUUUCAAAACAACCAGUCGAGACGUUUACAACCGAGCUAGAAAGGUUCUACCAGGUUUGAAACCAGGGCGUGAAGAAGUAUUGUUGUUCAACACCCAAAACCACCUUAUGGAAGGUUCGAUUUCAAAUGUUGCAGUGAAGCUCGAAGAAGAUGGGAAAUGGGUUACGCCAAUGUUGAGCUCAGGAUGUCUUUGUGGCUACGAGGAAAAAUUGUUCAAAUGA